AUGAAAUUAGCAGCGAUGAGUUCAGCAGCAGCAGUUUCUCGUCAGUUUGCUGUGAUGAUCACAGCACGACAGGCCGCCCUUUCGUCUAUUGGGCUUUCUCUGAUAUGCGUCGUUGUGACCGUACUCUACAUGCCGCUGUUCAUUUCUAAAGUACAGCGUGUGCAGGACCAUCUGUCGAAAAAUAUGGAGGAUUUCAAUUUAAUGGAGAGAUCUGGAGAAAUCUCCAUGAAGCCAAAAGGGGGACUGCCCAUUCGAACCAUCUCUAAACGUCAAGUGGAAAUAUGUGAGUGCGAAGCGACAAAUCCCUGCCCACCAGGUGAAAAAGGACGUCCUGGUUUCGACGGAAUGGAUGGCACACCCGGUGAGCCAGGUCUGCCUGGAGAACCAGGCCUGCCUGGAAUCGUCCCGCCUGUUGAGAAGAGUACGAGCGGCUGCCGCUCAUGCCCACCGGGACCGAAGGGACCACCAGGCUACCCCGGCCAGCCUGGCCCACAAGGACUACCUGGUCUGGAAGGAGCACCAGGAAUGGAUGGGAGACCUGGUGGCGAAGGUCCUCGUGGUCCGCAUGGACCAAUGGGUCCGAUGGGUGGACCCGGCAAAGAUGGCGAAACUGGCCCUCCAGGACAACAAGGCAUACGUGGAGAGAAGGGACCUACCGGACCUCCCGGCGAAAACGGUAUGGUUGGUCCUCCAGGUAUUACCGGACAUCCUGGACCACCAGGGGAGCCUGGAGCUAUGGGUAAGCCUGGAGAGCAGGGACCAGACGGAGAGCACGGAAUGCCCGGAUACUUCGGAGCAGUCGGGAAGCCUGGUGAACCGGGCGCGCCUGGAGAAGAUGCUAGCUACUGUCAUUGUCCAGCUCGGCGCAAAGCUGGCGGUCUACCGCGAUUCAUAUGA